AUGGAAGCAAUCAAGUUACAGCGCAGGUACCCUGACUUGUAUGUGGUAACGCGGAGAAAACUGAUGUGCAGCUCUCAGGAAGAGAUGAUGUCCCUUAUAUUCAAGUUUAAGCAGAUUGAUGUGGAUGACAAGGGCAGUCUCGAUAAACAAGUGGUUGUGAAAGAGGUGCAAGAAAUAGAACGUGCAUCGUACGACCAAGUCCGCGAAACCUUGAAAGAAGUGGAUAUUGAUGCGAGUGGACGCGUAGAGCUGGAAGAUUAUGUGGAUCUUAUUGCGCGUUUGCGGAAGGGAAGCAACGCAUCUGCUGGCGUUGCCACGAAAGGCCGCGUGACCGUGAAAGGGAGCAACGCAUCCACACAACACAGCAUCAAUGAAGACGAACGCACAGAGUUUACACGCCAUAUCAAUAUGAGCUUGGAUGGCGAUCCUCACGUCGGGUCGAGGCUCCCGAUUCCCACGGAUACAUUUCAACUCUUUGAUGAAGCGCGCGAUGGCCUCUUGUUGUCUAAGCUUAUUAAUGACGCAGUUUCCGAUACAAUAGAUGAGCGGGUACUAAACUUUGGCAAAGGCGGAAAGGGGCCAAACCAGUUCCAAAUGACCGAGAACAACAAUGUCGUAAUUCAGUCCGCAAAGGCAAUCGGCUGCAGCGUUGUAAAUAUUGGACCCCAGGACAUCACUGAUGGACGCGAGCAUCUUAUUCUGGGUCUUAUUUGGCAGAUUGUCCGUCGCGGUUUGUUGAGCAAGAUCGAUUUGAAGCACCACCCAGAAUUGUACCGCCUUUUGGAGCAAGACGAAGAGCUUGAGUCUUUUCUUAAGCUCCCCCCGGACCAAAUUUUGCUGCGUUGGUUCAAUUACCAUCUUAAGGCUGCGCAAUGGAGCCGCCGAGUUGCCAAUUUUUCCAAGGACAUUUCUGACGCGGAGAAUUAUGCUGUGCUCCUUUCACAAAUCAAGCCCGACGUAUGCGACCGCAAGCCAUUGCAAGAGCCGGAUCUCAUGACACGCGCUGAAAUGGUGCUACAGAGCGCGGACAAGAUCGGUUGCCGCAAGUAUCUAACUCCCGGCUCGAUGAUCUCGGGGAACCCGAAACUGAAUCUGGCAUUUGUCGCACACCUAUUCAAUACUUGGCCAUCGCUCGAGCCACUCGAAGACACACAGCCUAUGGAAGUGGAAGACUUUGACGCGGAAGGAGAACGCGAAGCGCGUGUAUUCACAUUGUGGCUCAACAGCCUUGAUGUUCAGCCCUCGGUGUACCAUUUGUUCGAGGACGUGAAAGAUGGAAACGUACUGGUCCAGGCAUUCGAUAAAAUUGUGCCGGGCUCAGUAAACUGGAAACGCAUCUCUCGUGCGCGAGAAGGUAGCGAGCUUUCGCGAUUUAAGAUGGUGGAAAACACUAACUACGCGCUUGAAGUUGCCAAGGGUAACAAUUUGCAUCUGGUUGGAAUCCAGGGUGCGGACAUCACGGAUGGAAAUAAAACACUGACGCUCGGCCUUGUAUGGCAGAUUAUGCGUCUAAACAUUACAAAGACGAUGGCUGGGCUGUCGCGAAGUGGAAAAAAUGUGUCGGAUUUGGAAAUGCUGAAUUGGGCAAACGAACGUUUGAAAGCGAAUGGCAAAACCCACACAAUUCGCUCAUUCCGUGAUUCCACUCUCGCAAACGCAAAGUUCUUUUUGGACUUGCUGGAUAGUCUUCGGAAAGGGGUCGUUGACUAUUCAUUGGUUGCGAAUGGCGAUACCGAAGAAGAAUGCAGACUGAACGCAAAGCUUGCUAUUAGCAUCGCCCGCAAGCUGGGCGCUUUGAUUUUCUUGGUUCCCGAAGAUAUUGUGGAGCUCCGGCAACGCCUUAUUCUCACGUUUGUGGGAAGUCUUAACUAA